ACAAGUAAGCUGAGUAUAUGCUAUGUGGUUUUGUGUAUGGAGUUGUCUAGAAAACUCAAACUACUCUACAGCGACUGAAAAUGGUUGGCUUAGGAGGAGCCCUGGAAGGAGAGGGUACCAGGUGGCACAAGGGACUUCAGAGCUGAGGCUCCUAGUCUUUUGUGCCGAAGGUUUCCUAAGAGAAGCAUAUGUCUCACCCUGAUUCUGGAAUUGUCAGGGUCAGAGCCUGGGCCCUGGCAGCCCUAACAAGCCAGGCCUGGCCAUCUGUUCUCCAUAUGCCAACUAAAGAGACAAGUCAUCGCAGAGGUUCAGUUCAUGCACAUAAUCUGAAUCUGACUCGCAGCACCCGUAUCAGGUAGCUGACAACAGCACGUAAUUCCAGUUCCAACGGAUCCACAAUGCUCCCUUUUGGCCUCCAUGGCACUUACAUGCAUGCUGUGCACAUAAACUCAUGCACACACACACACACACAAACUCACACAUACAUACAAAUAAAUACAUCGUUUUGAAAAUUAAAACAUUGGAAUGCAGAACAAGGUAGGUGGUGAUUGUAUUCGAUGUGGCCACACUGGGAAGAGAAGCCAAGAGGUCCGGGAUCCUCCAAGUCCAUCUUGGAGGACAGGAGGAAUGCCUAACUAAGCAGAUGCAGUCAGUGAGUGGUCACCUUCAACGUGGUCUGGCAAGCUGUCAGAACGCUGUGAAAUCUUUCCAGUAGACAAGUUUUCUUCUGGUUGGCACCAGCUCUCGGCCUUUUCCUUCUCCUAACGCGAUUCCUAGGGGAAUUCCGAUUUCUGGGGGUCCGUUGUUUCAAAAGCUGACAGCCCAAUGGAGGGACACAGUGUCUCCGUUUAGAUAUCCUCUCUCCUGCCAGGAAGGUUACAACGGUGCUCUUUACCUUUGUGCAAUUCAGUGUGUGUCGCUUUUAUCUGCGUGGCUUUUGCCUUUUGUCGUUAUUGAUAUAACAACAGGUCAGGCAGUCUGGCACUCAGAGUCCUCUAGCAGACAGACAGCAGAGCGAGGAGCCAAAGUCUUUGCCCUGGAGGCCAUCACGCAGCCAUGCUCACAGAGCACAGGGCACAGAAAGCGCUGGAAGGGCGUGGAGCAAGGAGGACCCACGUUAAUCAUUACCCGGCUGCGGCCGGAUCUCUGCCCCGCCCCCGCGGUGGCCUGCUGCCUGCCGGCCGCUUCUCCUUCUCCCUCUCUGCCGCCACCUGCUACCCGCCCUGGACAUGGCUGGCAAGGCACACAGACUGAGUGCGGAGGAGCGGGACCAGCUGCUGCCAAAUCUGAGGGCUGUGGGGUGGAAUGAGCUGGAAGGCCGGGACGCCAUCUUCAAGCAGUUCCAUUUUAAAGACUUCAACAGGGCUUUCGGCUUCAUGACAAGAGUGGCCCUGCAGGCUGAAAAGCUGGACCACCAUCCUGAGUGGUUUAAUGUGUACAACAAGGUCCACAUCACCUUGAGCACCCACGAGUGUGCUGGUCUUUCAGAACGGGACAUAAACUUGGCCAGCUUCAUCGAGCAAGUCGCUGUGUCUAUGACAUAGAUCCGCCCCUUUCCAUAUUUCCUGGGGGGAAGGAGUGACUGAACAAGACACCUAGGGAGGAGACCGAGGAGGCUGGCCCUUGGUCCCUGCUGCUUGCAGUGAACACCACUUCCAUAUAGGGAUGAGUCCCCGUACAGGAAGAUGUAGGUGUCAAGACCAGGAACUGACACCUUUCCCUGUGUCACCCUCCUCUGCCGUUUGAAUAAGGUCUUUUUUUCUCCAUAGGCUUCCCAGCAGCAGUAUUGUUCUUUCCAGGCUGGAUCUUGCUCCUUUUCUACUCUUUCGAGUUCAUUAUUCAAGUAGCUGUGUUAAGUCAUGACAUACAGUUCAGUCUCAAACCCCACAACUAAAACAAGCCCCACUGUAUGAUGGACACUUGCUUUUAUGCCUCCAAUAAAACUAUGCUAUCAAGUG